UAUAGGUUGGAACAGUCGAUGACGAUGCAUUCGUGUCCCCAGGUGUCGAGCUGAGGUGAAGAAUUAGCUCCAUGCUUGUUAACCUAUAAAUACUCCUCCCCUUCGACCUUUCACUCAGCACCAAGACUCAAAUAUUCGGCUCAUCUUUCCUACAAUGUCUUCUUUUCGAUUUUCUAAAACAAGGCUAGCGUUGCUUGUUCUUGUGAUCUGUGUUCAGACGAGUAUGGGAGCGAGAAGGCUAACAAGCUUAGUCCAACAGCCGGAGGAGCUUCUCAAGUACCACAAUGGGGCAGUGCUCCAUGGCUACAUCCCUGUUUCCAUCAUGUGGUAUGGGGCUUUUGCUCCUUCGCAGAAGGCCAUCAUCACCGACUUCCUCCACUCCCUCUCGCCCACCUCCCAGACUUUAGUAGCCCCUUCCGUGCCCCAAUGGUGGAACACCAUCGACCAACUCUACCUCUGCAAAGCCGGGAACAGGGAGAAAACCAGCAUCGUCGUCGCCGGCCAAGUCUCGGACGAGGAUUGUUCGCUGGGCAAGUCGCUCAAGAUGUCUCAGGUGUCGGAGCUCGCGGCUAAGUUCCGCCUCGAGAAGGGCGGCAUCGCCAUGGUUUUCACGGGCGAAGACGUGGCCGUCGAGGGCUUCUGCAUGAACCGGUGCGGCUCGCACGGGUCGAACCGGAAGUCCGGCACGGCCUACAUCUGGGUGGGGAACGCCGCGAAGCAGUGCCCGGGGCAGUGCGCCUGGCCCUUCCACCAGCCCCUUUAUGGUCCGCAGACGCCGCCACUGGUAGCGCCUAACGGCGACGUCGGGGCCGAUGGCAUGAUCAUCAACUUGGCGAGCAUGGUGGCCGGCGCCGUCAGCAACCCAUAUGGAGACGGAUUCUACCAGGGUCCCAAGUCGGCUCAGCUGGAGGCGGCCACGGCGUGCCCCGGGGUGUACGCGAAGGGAUCCUAUCCCGGCUACGCCGGCGACUUGAGGGUGGACCCGUCGACUGGGGCCAGCUACAACGCGAAUGGGGUCGACGGUAGGAAAUACCUGCUUCCUGCUCUGUUUGACCCCGCUACCUCCGGUUGCUCCACUCUGGUUUGAACUAUAUAUUUAUAGUUUAUGUUGCCUGUAUAUGAAUCGAUAGCCUUGUAAAGAAAUUUUUUAAAUGAUAAAAAAAAUACCUGAUAAAUCGCAUAAUGUUAGCACGUCGGCUGCUUCCAUCCUUCUACGUAUCCAGAAUACUAUAGAUUUGAUUUUUUUUAUAUAUUCAAUAAGUUUUAAGCCUUUAAAUUGUAUGUAUUAACAUAGCAUGAGUGAACAUUAUAAAGCUUUAUCC